AUGGCAGCCUCAAUGAAGAUUGAGGCAUGUGUGCGGCAAACACCUGCCACCCCAUCUUUUGCACCCUCUCCUUCACAAUUUCUUGCAAGCAUCAACGGUCUGGAUGAUCCAUGGCAAACUCCCCCUCCUGCCGACCAUUAUCCUGUCCAAUCAAUCUCUUCCAAAGCAUCAAAUUUUUGGGACAAGGAUGACGAUAUAUUUCCACUGACCCCAUCUCCUCAUUUCCUUGGUGUUGACCCAGCCACUCCUCGUGGCGCUCUCAGCCCCAUGUCGGACCUCUUUGAGCCUGCAUGUUACGAUGAGAACAACCAAGAAGAUGACCCUGACAGCCACCACGGUGCUGGAGCUACAGACUCCAACAAUGUUGAUAAUCAAGAGACCCCCAACAUUGAUUCAAGUGGGCAGGUUUAUGGCCCACCUACCCAAGCUGUGGCAGCGGCGUCACUUGCGGAGAGUCUUGCUGGCAGUGGAAUGGCUGAGGUUCACAAGCUCAGUGGACCUAUGCACAAGUUGCUCGAGAAGAUAGCAAAGCAGGCCAAGAUAAUCUGUGACCGCUCUUCUGGUGAAGAUCUGCACCCUAUUGAGCAGAUGUUUCGUUCUCUGGGCUGUGGAAUUUCCUCUCCUUGGGAUCCUCUUGACAUACACCAUGCUCAGUCUCUGAUUGAAGGACCAGAUGCUGGUGGUAUUCCUCAAGACAUCGUCAAUUCUGUAGAGGAGAUUGCUCAAUGCUGCCUUAGAGCAGAAAAACUGGCUGUUGCUGCUUUUUUCAUUUAUAUGAUGGGGUGCAUGCAGUUCCAGUCCAAGAUCAUUAGUGUCAACAUGUUCUCUCAACGCUCUUCUGCACGUCAAAAAGCAAAAGCGGCUAUUACCUUGUCUUCUCAGGCUCAGAAGAAGGCUGCUGGAGAUACAGCCAGUGCUGGUAAACAGAAGGACAAACCCAAGUCAGCUCCUGCACAAACGUCCAGGGCCCCUUCUUCUAGUUCAAGUAAAAAGGCCAGUGCUGAAAUUCCUCAAUUUUCAGCUGCUGAAAUGGCCAAGUAUCAGGCCAUGUCACGAGCUUUUGAGGCACAAGCUGUUGCUGCCAAGGAGAAGGAAGACGAGAAUGCACGUAAAAGAAAUCAAGCUAUGAUUGACACUGAAGAAGGCGAUGAAGAUGAAGAUGCUGCUAUACCUCCUAAAAAGAAGGCGAAAAAGAAGACUUCAGUCAAGGACACCUUUCUUGACCCUGAAGAAGAGGCUCUCGCUUCCAGUCUUCAUUUGCCUACUCAGGUAGAGCCUGAGCCUGAGCCUGAGCCCGAGCAGGAGUCCAGAGUCAAUGUGGACCUUAGUCUCUCAAGCCCUUGUGCUAGCUCUCCUUAUAGUGGUAUAGGUACCGGUGUAUCUUCUAAGUGGUGGCAUUAUGAGGCCAUUGGAUGUGGCGUUAGCCAGGAUCCCAAUGCGGAGUGGACUGAGAGUGAGCGUCAAGCUUUCCAGGCCCACUUAAACAAAUUGAACAAUAUGAUUGUCGAAGAUAUCACCAUGGAAAAGGCUCAAGACAGUGCUCCUCCUCCUCAGUCUCAAUGCCCAGCAACCCCUACUAAGAAGUCCAGUGGCAGGAUCCUGGAGGGAGACUUUACACCCUGUUCUCAGACUCUCGCCAUUGCUGGGAAGACUUACAUGAGAACCUGUGUUGUCUUUGGCGAUAUCUAUCCUCCUCCAGAUGCUAUUAGUCAUUCUACUUUUAAUUGGGAAGUUGUGAAGGAGGCCGUCAAGAAUUCAAAGGAUGAAGCCUUGAAGGAGACCUUGAAGCAUGUUGCAAAGGAUGGCAAAGUUAAAAAGGAUGUCAUGGCCUUCGUUACUUAUGGUUGA